GAUAAAUACCGAGCGGCCAACCGCUCCGGCAAAGUUCCUGCAUUUCCCUGGGACCCCAAUUGAGAGACGAAGAGAACAAGAUAGCGGGCAAGCUAGAAACUAUGAAGCCCCAGCGCAAGAUAGAGCUCUUCUCGGGCACCUAUUUUACUGCUUGCACGCUUGGAGGUGUUGUUGCUUGCGGCCCAACGCACACCAUGGUCACACCUCUAGACCUAGUGAAAUGCCGCCGUCAAGUUGAUGACAAGCUCUACAAAUCGAACACGCAAGCCUGGAAGAUGAUAUACCGCAGCGAGGGCAUCCGCGGUGUCUUCUUCGGCUGGACACCUACCUUUGUUGCCUACUCGUUCCAGGGUGCCGGCAAAUACGGAUUCUACGAAGUCUUCAAGUACUUGUAUGGUGACAGGUUCUCUCCCAACAUGAACAAGACGGUGGUAUAUCUUGCUGCCUCGGCGUCUGCAGAGUUCCUGGCCGAUGUUGCGCUCUGUCCGUGGGAGGCAAUCAAAGUGAGGAUGCAGACUUCGUUGCCGCCAUAUGCGAAUACCUUGAGAGAAGGGUGGUCCAAGAUCGUGACCCAGGAGGGCUAUGCAGGGCUUUACAAGGGCCUUUAUCCCCUCUGGGGCCGACAAAUUCCGUAUACCAUGGUCAAGUUCGCCACUUUUGAAAAGGCAGUCGAGCAGAUAUACAAGACGUUGGGGAAGCCAAAAGAGAGCUACAAUGGCUUACAGCAGACAGGAGUGUCUUUUUUGGGUGGCUACAUUGCCGGUAUUGGGGCUGCGGUUGUGUCACAUCCUGCUGAUAUGAUGGUAUCGAAGCUCAACAGUGAACGGAAAGCUGGCGAGGGUGCAGGCCAAGCUGUGACGCGCAUUUAUGGCAGUAUUGGUUUCAGGGGACUCUGGAAUGGCCUCCCCGUGAGGAUAUUUAUGAUUGGAACCCUAACAGCCUUCCAAUGGCUUAUUUACGACUCGUUUAAAGUAUACCUCGGUCUGCCGACAACCGGGGGUCACUAGACGAUGCCUAUUAAAAGCGAGGGGAAACCAAGCUUAAAGCAGUGACUGGGCUAGAAAAAGCGUGUGUGUUAGUGAGAGACUACGGAGGAAAGCAGGAAGCUAAUUCGCCAUGAAGGAUGUAAUCUCAGCGGUUAUAGGGUUAUGGCGAAGUUACUCCGCAUAGAUGUACAUCUUUUGGUGUUCGACUCUAGAGGGAUUGCUGGGUUUAGUGGAGUUUUCGUUGUAGUCUUAGUUUUCAUUCCAACCUGGUGCAAUUCUGUUUCAUCUUCCGGCCAUUGACUCACGUCAUCCAUAAACUCCUAGAACCC